AUGAAUAUUCGCAAACCCCCCAGAGAGGGCCUUCGAUCCAUCGAAAACAAAGAAAACCUCCCUGACAAUUCCUCAAAACCCCCUCCAUUCAGAUUAACCAACUACAGACUCACAAAUCUCACCACCUACUUCAAAAUUAGAACUCCCAGUCGAGGCCGAGAAUUAGUCAAACUGGAAGACACCUUCAACACAAAAAAUGAAUAACGCUAUCUGAGUACCAAGGAAAGUCAAUAAUGCAAUGCACCAACCAAUAACACCAAUCUACAAUAAUUAAGACUUUCUUCCAAAAUACAGAGGAAGAGAAUCCAAGGCAAUCUGAGUGCCAAGGAUUCCACCAAUCACCAAGACUCCCUCUAUAAAUAGAUACCCUCCACAUGCGAUGAAAAGAUUUAUUCUAUAGGACCUAUAAUUGGAAAGGGUAGUUAUGCCAUCGUCAAAAUGGGAACUGACCGCCAAGGCAAUAAGGUUGCCAUCAAAAUGUACGACAAGGCAUUGCUCAAAGGUGAAAGGUUCAAUAACCUAAUCAAAGAAAUCAACACUCUCAGAAUUCUAUCUCACGAUCAAAUCACCAAAUUAUAUGAUGUCUAUCAUUACACUACUUACAUCAAUCUAGCGAUGGAAUAUUGCGGCACUGAGUCUCUAUAUCAACUCCUCAAGUCAACUCCCGCAAGAACUCUGCCCAAAGAAUUUGCACUUAACAUCAUACAUUAGUUACUCAAAAUCUUACAUUACAUCCACGAUAGGAAUGUAUGCCACAGAGAUAUCAAACUGGAAAAUAUCCUAAUACAAAAUAAACGAAUUAAACUCAUUGAUUUUGGUUUCAGUACAUUCACUAAUCAACCCAUAUCUUGUCAUUGUGGUACACCUAGUUAUAUGGCACCUGAAGUUGUCUCUAAGUUGAAAUAUGAUGGAAGAGCAGCAGACAUAUGGGCUACUGGAGUUCUACUUGUUGCUCUCUUGUAAGGGAGUUUUCCUUUCAAAGGAGAAAACGAAAGAGAAUUGUUUAAGAAAAUUAGGAACAAUGAAUCCAAUAUAACAAAUCAAGAUCGUGAUACAUAGAAACUAUUUUCGCGCAUUUUUGUGAUUGAUCCCUAUCAAAGAGCAACUGCAAAAGAAGUAUUUUAUAAUGACCUAUCAUUUAGCUAUUGUAAUUAGAUAUCUUUAAAAGUUGA